AUGGUUUCUUCAUUAAAAGAUAUGUUAAAGUAUGAUGAAGGUGAAAAGUUAGAAAUGUAUAAAGAUACUGAAGGUAAUUAUACUAUUGGAAUUGGACAUUUAAUUACCAAAAAUAAAGAUAAAAAUGAAGCAAUCAAAAUUCUUGAAGGUGAAAUUGGCCAUACGGUUAAAUUGAAUUCAAAAAAAGAACCAGAAAUUUCAAGUUCAGAAUCAGAGAGUUUAUUUGAAAAAGAUAAAUCAGUUGCCAUUAAUUCCAUUGAAAAUAGUUCAACCCUAUCAACAAUUUAUAAUAAUUUGGACUCAAAUCGUAAGAUGGCUUUGGCAAAUAUGGUUUUUCAAAUGGGUGCUAGCAAUGUUUCAAAAUUUAAAAAAUCUCUUAAAUUAAUUGAAGAAAAAAAGUGGGCUGAAGCUGCUAUAGAAUUAAAAAAUUCAACUUGGAAUACUCAAACUCCAAAACGUUCAAAUAGAGUAAUUAGUGUAUUUGAAACUGGAACUCUCAAAGAAUACAAAUAG